GGAGCAGCGACGCCACCCUUCUAUGUUAAGCUAGAGGAAGCCUCUGGAUUCUCAAUUGCCCAUGGCAGUCAUAGACACGCUUUCUGGACUCUACAGCGCCAGAAUCUCAUCAUCAGAAGUAUCACCCUGGCGAGCAACCCUGCCUCUCGCGAGUAAACCGAUCACGCGGCGUCGACAUGGCUCUUGACUACGGCGACCUUGCGAACCUCAUCCCGACGGGGCUUCCAGACAAGGUCCGAGGCUGGCUCGCCGAGGACACCCCUUCGUUCGACUAUGGCGGCUUCGUCGUGGGUGAGGACAUCCGCACCGCGACCCUCUACCAGAAAGCCCCCGGCGUGGUCGCCGGCGUGCCCUUCGUGAAUGAGAUCUUCGCGCAGUGCGGAUGCACUGUCGAGUGGUUCGUCAAGGACGGCGACGCUCUCGACCCCACGACCGUCGCGGGCGGGAAGAUCAAGGCCGCCACGGUCCGGGGCCCGACGCGGAAGCUGCUCCUGGCGGAGCGGGUGGCCCUGAACACGCUGGCGCGCUGCUCGGGCGUAGCCACGUCGAGCCGCAAGCUGCUCAAGCUCGUGCGCGCCGCGGGCUACACGGGCAUCGUGGCUGGGACGCGCAAGACCACGCCGGGCUUCCGCCUGGUCGAGAAGUACGGCAUGCUGGUCGGCGGGGCGGACCAGCACCGCAUGGACCUGAGCAGCAUGAUCAUGCUGAAGGACAACCACAUCUGGGCCCGCGGCAGCAUCACCGACGCGGUCCGCUCCGCCAAGGCCGUCGGCGGUUACGCCCUCAAGGUCGAGGUCGAGGUGGACAGCGAGGAGGGCGCCGACGAGGCCAUCGCCGCCGGCGCCGACGUCGUCAUGCUGGACAACUACGACGGGCCGGGCCUGCGGGUCGCCGCCCGGAACCUGAAGGAGAGGUGGGCGGGGAAGAAGUCGUUUCUUCUCGAGUGCAGCGGCGGGCUCACCCCGGCGAACGUGAGAGAAUACGUGAACAACGACAUUGACGUGAUCUCCACGUCUGCCCUACACCAGGGGUGUCCCCAUAUCGACUUCUCCCUCAAGAUUGAUCACUAG